AUGUCCUCCCGACACGACUUCAGAAGAAAGAGCGCAGUCCUAUACGAGACCGCGACCGUGAUCGCUAUGACAGACCGCGAGACGCUAGGAGGAGUCGGAGCCCACCAAGGAGAGGCGAACGGGACAGACGGGAAUACGGUACGGCCUCUAGACUACGCCCGUGACAGAGAAGACGACAGCAGGAGGGAGCGGGACAGGCGGGACGACCGAAGACGGGACGACAGGCGAGACAGCGGUCGUGACCGCGACGGCAGAAGAGAUCCUCCUCCCCGAGAAAGGGAGAGCCUUCGAGAUGGUGACCGCGCGCGAGACCACGUCGUGAAGGCAGGAGACCGAGACGGCCGUACAGAUGACAGGCGAGAUCCAGCAGUUGCGAACGCGAGUGGCUCGCAGGCCACUCCCGUGUCCCGCGACAUCCCGGACACUCGCUCGCGGCAGCCCUCGGAGAUGCCAAUUGAGGAUGGAGAGGAAGGUGAGGCUAUGGAUGCUACGAAUGAAGACGAUACCGCUAUGAUGGCUAUGAUGGGCAUGUCCGGCUUCGGGACCACCAAGGGCAAGCACGUAGAUGGCAACCAGGAGGGGGGAGUGGACGUCAAAAAGAUGCGCACAUGGCGUCAGUACAUGAACAGGCGCGGAGGUUUCAACCGGCCUUUGGACAAGAUCAAGUAA